AUGGGAAAUGGCCGGGGCAGAAGGUCUUACCAGGGGGAGAGGAAGAUGAACCGGCGCCACCCCAAACCGCGCGCUUCCCACGCCGUCAGCGACGCACUCUCGUCCCUGAGUCUCGACACACCCAUCGAGCCCCACAAACCGAAGGACCAGCCCACCAACUUCCCACGGCUCCAACGUGCUUUUCGGCGUGAUGGUAUGGCCGACUCCACCGUGAACCCCCUCCUCUGGCAGGUCAAGCCAGCUGACCUCCACCGCCUCGUGCGGCGGUUGAAACAGCAGGCCCCAAAACGCCAGGCCUCGUCGGCCAAGCAGGGUCCCAACAUAUCCGGCCGCAUCGCCACGCUGCUUCGCCGCGUCAUCAACAACCACGAGCGCGUCGUCGGCCCUCAGGCCCCGCCCCCUCAAGCCGCUCGAGCCCGCAGGUGCUCCGACUCGACCGCCAAGAUGAUUGAUUCCAUCACCAGCAACGGCGCCAACGGCUUCCGGCCCAACCCCGGUUUCCGGGCCGGCCCGCCCCUCUCGGAGACGGUUGACGGUAUGAACUUUGAGCAGUUGCUGGCCUAUAGGGAGACGAUGAGAACGGAGCAGCAGCUGGUGAUCCCCCAUGGUGAGAGCCAUGCGCUACAGCAACCCCCCCGUCUCCUCAUUCAGGAACAGGCAUCCAACAGGCCUGUCAUUGCAAUGGCGAACAGCUUUUCUCGCGGGUUUGGGGCGGAGCCUCUAGAAUAUGGGGUGCAGAGGAUGAGACUGUGA